AAAUAAAUAUGGAGACCUGUCAGUCAAAUUUCAUUUUCUGACUAAGCCACAUUUUAUUGGAAUGGACUCUUAAACCGACACAAGUGUAGUUUAAAUAAAUCUCCACAUUGAAUGGAGCGGCCAUAAAAAUCAAAUAUUUGUGGUUUGGCAAUAUUGGUGGGCACAUUUCCCACAAGGAACUUCGACAUAAUAUUUAUGAGGUACUUCUGCGGGAGUCCGUUGUUCCAUAGCUCCUACGAAAAUGGGUAUUAAAAGCACCCAUAAUAAAACCUCAAAUUGACGGAUCAACCACUGCGAAGACGAAGUUGCAACUAACCCUAAUGUAUUCAAUUAUUUUUCAUGUAGUUAAUUCAACUUUAUUGUAAUAAGCUGUAGUAGAAGCGUCGAGUUUGCAAAGCGUCAUUGAGAGAAUCGAAAAUUUUAACUAUUUGUGGUUAUGCAUUGCUUAAACGUUUUCUUUAAGAAUGUCUAGAUUUAGUGGCGUAUUACAAUUAACAGAUUUAGAUGAUUUUAUCUCGCCAUCCCAGGAGUGCAUAAAACCAGUGGAAAUAAAAAAGGAAAAAUCGGGAACAGGAUCUAAGGUAAAAAUACAAGAAGAUGGUUCCUAUUUCCAGAUUGAAGAGGAUGGAAGUGCCCAGAAACUACAAAAAGUAGAAAUUACUUUAGCUGAUUGCUUAGCAUGCUCAGGAUGCAUUACAACAGCUGAAAGUGUAUUAGUAACUCAACAGAGUCAAGAAGAACUGUUAAGGGUAUUUGCAGAAAAUAGGAAACUGAAAUUGGAAGGAAAACUGGAUGAUGUAAAAAUCAUAGUUGUGUCUAUAUCUAUGCAGCCAUUACUUUCGUUGUCAGUCAAAUACAAUUUAUUGCCAAAUCAAUGUGCAGCAAAACUAAUCACAUACUUCAAAGAACUUGGUGCUGACAUUGUGGUUGAUAUGGCUAUAGCUGAUGAUUUUGCACUUUUGGAGGCACAGAAAGAAUUUAUUAAAAGAUAUAGAGCGACGGAGAGUGAUGGAGAAAAAUAUCUUCUACCAAUGCUUGCAUCAAGUUGUCCUGGUUGGGUAUGUUAUGCAGAAAAAACACAUGGAAGUUACAUUUUACCAUAUAUUUCAACAACGAAAUCCCCACAACAAAUUAUGGGGUCAUUAAUUAAACAGUGGGUUGGUAAAAAUCAACGUAUAUACCAUGUAACUGUGAUGCCAUGUUAUGAUAAGAAAUUAGAAGCUUCUAGAGAGGACUUUUUCAGUCAAGAAAGUAACAGCAGAGAUGUUGACUGCGUUAUUACAGCAAUUGAGUUAGACCAAAUGUUAGCAAAUGAAAGUGUUAGUUUAAAAGAUCUGCAUGACUCUAAAUUUUCACAGCCAUGGUUGAACUUUCAUGGUGAUGAUGUAUAUCCAUACUUGCUGAAACAUGCAGGCAGCGGAUCUGGGGGAUAUUCAGAUCAUAUAUUUAGAUAUGCUGCCAAAGAGUUGUUUGGCAUAACUCUUAAUGAAAUUCAAUAUAAAAACUUAAGGAAUCCAGAUUUUAAAGAGGCAAUUUUGGAAAGAGAUGGUAAAAUUUUGCUUAGAUUUGCAAUAGCUAAUGGCUUUAAAAAUAUACAAAAUUUUGUUCAGAAAUUGAAACGAGGGAAAUCUCAAUAUCAUUAUGUUGAGGUAAUGGCGUGCCCAUCAGGUUGUCUUAAUGGGGGAGCUCAAGUUAGACCAAAGGAAGGAAUCAGUGCAAAGGAAAUUGUCACAGAAUUAGAGAAAAUGUUCUAUGACUUACCACUUUGUUCUCCCGAUGAUAACAAAUCUGUUAAAAUGCUCUAUGACUGCUGGCUUGGAGGUCAAGACACUGAUAAAGCAUGUGCUAUGUUACACACAAAAUAUCAUGCAGUUGAAAAAACUAUAAAUGCUUUAAAUAUAAAAUGGUUUAUGGCUUAAGCGAGACGUAUUUUACGAGCAACCUAGAGUUAAAUUUAAAGGCCAGUACUUAUUAAUCGCUACAACCAAUAAUUCCAGUAAAGUGAUAAUAUGCAGUUCACUCCCGUUCUAUAAACACUUUCUAGAAUUUCUGGAU